AUGGCAUGUCCUAUGAACAGCUACUAUGAGAUCUGUGGUUCUGCCCACCCUGCUACCUGUGGUAACCCAGAGGACUGUAAUAAUUGCACGCUGCCCUGUGUGGAAUCAUGCCAAAGCAACAGGGUAUAUAUACUGAGUGAUGGAAAGUGUGUACCACAUAGCAAGUGUGGUUGUCUUCACCAAGGUUCCUACUAUCUCCCCAUGGAGAGCUUCUGGGUCGAUGAGCAGUGCCAGGAGAAAUGUGUCUGCCAGCCUAACUCCAAGAAGAUUAUGUGUGCUCAGUCUCGUUGCCAGAAUAGGGAAGUGUGCAAGGUUCUGAAUGGAGUCUUGGGCUGUCACAUCGGCGGGCCUGGGAUGUGCAUAGCCAUUUCUCACUAUACAACCUCUGAUGGGCGUAACUUUGAUGUCUAUGGCAACUGUAGUUACCUACUCACUUCUCACUGUCCCACCUGGGGAGACUUGGAAGACCUUAGUGUGGAGGUGCAGAACCAGAUGAAUGACGCUCCCAAUGUUUCCUUUCGGCAUGUUAAAAUGGUGGUCUCUGGUUAUUCCAUUGAGAUGUCAAAUGACUGGAGCCACAAGGUAAAUGGUCUUUUGCAUCUCCCAUCUGUGUUGAGCCAAGGCAAAGUAAAGCUCUACAUGACUGGACUCUCAAAGCACAUUGAGACUGACUUUUGCAUUGUUGUGACGUACAGCUCUGACGUCCUGACUGUCCAAAUGCCAAGGAUCUUCUCUGGUAAUCUAUGUGGACUGUGUAGAAACUUUAAUGCUAAUCCAGAAGAUGACCUGAUGACGAAUCUGAUAUCCUUCAGGCCAUUAGACAUUGGCAAACCAGCUAUGAACAUGAAUACUCUGAGUGUGGCUGCAUUUACCGUGGUGUUUACCAUGAAAUCCAUGAGAGCUUCUACCCCGAUGAGCACUGUCAGCUGCACUGUGUCUGUGUGGGCCACAACUCAGUCCAAUGUACCAGCUACACAUGUCCAAAUAGAACAAAAUGGGCCAUCCAAGAUGGUCACAGGACAUGCCAUGCAUUGCAACCUGUUAAAUGCACAGUCAUGGGUGGUAAACACUUCAGGAGCUAUUAUGGACAUAGCUUUGACUUUAAUAUGGGAUACUGCCGUUAUGUUCUAUCCCAGGUUUGUGAUGAAGAAGCUGUACCUCAUUGUCAAUGAAGUGAACAUGUCAUUGGAAAUGGAGCAUUUGGGAAAAGCAAAGGUAAGCAGUUGCACAUUUACAAACGCAUACUGUUUAGUGUGCCUUGAUAGUAACUUUGAUGUUUUAAUUGUUCAGAUUGAUGGUGUUCUGUGGGGUCUUCCUGUCCAAAUGAAUCAUGUAUCAAUACUUCAUUCUGGCUUGCUGACUCAUGUUGUUGUAGACACUGGGGUGGUUGUUAGUUAUGGAGGGCUCACUUUGAUACAAGUAGUGAUACCUGCCUCCCACAGAAAAAUGUGUGGCUCGUGUGGAAAAAUCAGUGCUAUUUCUACAGAUGACAAACUGAGCCUGAAUGGCAGCCUUGCAAGUGGUGUUUCUAUGUUUGCGUCUUCCUGGUCACUUUCACCACCUGGAACGAACUGCUCUGAAGAAUGUGAUCUCUGUUCAGUAUGCAACUCUACCAGGGCAGCCGAGUUUGCAUCUGAUAACAUCUGUGGCAUGCUGCUAUCUCCUGCAGGAUCAUUUAGUGGCUGCCAUUCUAUUGUGGACCCAGAGCCCUUCUUUCAGAACUAUGAGAAUGACUUGUGUUUGUCUCAUGGGAAUGAAGAAUUGUUUUGCAGUAGUUUGAAAGAAUAUACUUUUGCAUGCCAUGGGGCAGGGGCUGAAGUCAAACCAUGGAGAAGUGAUUAUAAAAUCUCAGAAUGGAGAGACUUAUGGUCACCAGAGCCAACCUCAGCAAACCCGGUGCUGGGAGCCUCGUCCUGCCCACAGAACAGCCAUUUUGAGUCCUGUGGCACAGCCUGCCCUGCCACCUGCCAGGCAGUGCACUGCCCCAGAGACUGUGAGGAAGGUUGCCAGUGUGAUACCAAACACCUUUAUGAUGGCCAUGCCUGUGGACCAGCUGAGCAGUGUGGCUGUGUGCAGGAUGGGAAGAGGUUUAAGCCUUCUGACAGCAAACUUCUCCAAAACUGCACUGUUAACUGCACCUGUGGGCCGCCUCUUUACUGUGAGAAAUACUCAUGUCCUCCACUGCACAGUUGUAUAGUUUUAGAUGGAAUUGUGGGCUGCCACAAGGAUGGUCUGUGUUGGACCUGGGGAAGGCAGCACUACCACAUCUUCGAUGGACUCAGUUAUGACUUUGAACGUACCGGUACCUAUCUGCUUGCAGCCAGCAAAGGGUCAGCAUGUAGUCUAAUACCCUUUAGUGUGUCCAAGAAGAUGACUGUUAAUGGUCAGGUGACAUACAUUCCUGUUCAUCUGUUGCAGGGUAAGAUCCAAGUCUCUUACAGGAAAGGCAAAACUCUACUGAAAACGGACUUUGGUAUGCAUGUAGUCUUCGACUGGAACUCCACAGUUCUUGUUACACUGGACCCACGCUACAAGGGUAAAGGUUCAGAUGUACACUGUCCUCCAAACAACCAUUACAAGACGUGUGGCUCAGCCUGUCCUCCAUCCUCUCUCCAGUGUCCUGGCGGCAGCAGCCCAAGACAGUGUGUUGACUCCAGCUCCAACUCAUACCCAGUUCUGUUCCAGCCUGGUUCUUCAGCAACUGGGUCUUCGGAAGGCUGCCAGUGCAGCAACGGAAAUGUGAAUGGACACUUUGUUUCCCUCCCUUACACUUUGUCAUCAGGGGUUUCCCUGUCAUCUGGUGUGAACCAGGACAAGUCAGAGGUCAUUGUGAUCUUGAGAGACACUGGGAUGGAGUUUGAGUUGGAGAUGGAGAUUGGUUUUAGCAUGCUCUAUAUCACUGCUGUUCAAACCAAUGCUAAAGUCACAGUAGAAGUGCCUCCCUUAAAAUUCAAGCAAGAGAAAACUCUGAAUGCUGGAGAAGGAGUCACCGUCAGUCUCCCUAUUGGUGUUGAGAUGUACAGCAGUAGGAAGUCUCCCAACACUGUGCGCAUUGAAGCCUCAGCAGAUGUGACUGUAACCUCCUUCAACUACAAGCUGUACACAGCAGACACCUCUGUGGUGUAUCCCUCCACUGACUGGGGUACAGAAUAUUUCAUCUUUACACCUGCUGGAUCCCCCUAUGGCUCCUAUAAAGAGUUCUCUGUGACAAAUGGAAAACAGAGCAACAAAGUAGAGAUUUUCCCACGAGGCUCAAUCCGUUUCGAGGGUCGUGUCUAUACGAGUGGCAGCCACAUGGUAAUAGAUCUGCAGCCAUAUGAGAGCGUCCAGCUCCAGAGCACAAAUGAACUUUCUGGCACCAGAGUUGCCUCCCAGCACCCUGUUGCUGUUUUCACAGGUCACUCUUGCACAUGGCGCUUCUCAAAAUGUAACCAUGUUUACGAGCAGCUACUGCCGGUAAGCAGCUGGGGACGCAGCUUCAUCAUGCCUCCCCUGAGCUUCCAGAGGAGAUUUGACAGUGUUUUCCUCCAGGCCUCCCAGCCCACCCAAGUCACCGUCCAAUAUGGCAACCGUGAAGAUGUUUUGAGUUUGACGAGGGGGCAGACAGUGGAGAUCCACUACCACAAUCCUGAAACACUGUCCAUUCAGGCUGAUCAUGGCAUCCAGGUCCUCAUGCUCUUUAACGGCAUCAAAUAUGGCUGGUUUCGAUACUACGACCCUUUCUUGAUGACCAUCCUGUCCACAGACCGUUUCUGCUACUCUUACUCGCUACAGGCUCUGAAGGGCUUUGAAAACAGAGCCCUGAUUGUGGCACAGACCAGUGCAAAGGCAGAGCUACGUAUUGAUAAUACGAACCUGCCCCGUAAUGUCCAGUGGAAAGAGGUUGCAGGGACAGAUUACUCUUGGGCGGAGAUGCCCUACAAACCAACCCCUAGCAGCAAUAGACGCACUGUGUCCAGCCCUGGCUCCCGCUUUGCUCUCUACAGUAUAGGAGUCAGCCAGAUGAAUGGUUAUGGUGCCCCAGCACAAUGUAUACAGCCAGUAAGUGGUUCUUCCUGCAGCAGUAUCACCUGCAGUGCCAAUGAGGUUUGUGAAAUGAAGGGAGGGUAUCCUUCCUGUGUCCCAAAGCCAGUGGAAAGCAAGCCUGGUACCUGCUGGGCCAUGGGAGAUCCUCACUACCGUACUUUUGAUGGCCGACGCUAUGACUUCAUGGGAACCUGCACAUACGUCUUUGCUAAAAACUGUGGAAAGGAUUAUCCCCCAGCCUUCGAGGUCCUUGCCCAGAAUGAGAACAGAGGAAGCCUCAGGGUGUCUUAUGUCGCCCUGGUCACAGUGAAGGUGUAUGACGUUACUAUCACAGUGGUUCGGUCUGAGACAGGCCGUGUGAGGAUUGACAACACUCUAUGGAGUUUGCCAGUAGCCUUGAACAACAACAAAAUAAUUAUGUUUCAGAGCAGUCGCUCUGUGGUCAUUGAGACCGAUUUUGGCCUGACUGUCCGUUAUGACUGGGAACACCAUCUUGUGGUCACUUUGUCCAGCAAUUAUGCUGGUAAGACUUGUGGUCUCUGUGGCAACUUCAAUGGCAACCCCAAUGAUGAUUUCACUACACCGUCUGGCACCCAGGCAGAUGGGGCUGUGGCCUUUGGGAGAAGCUGGAAGGUGCCAGGGCUGGUAGAAGAUGUUAAGUGCGGAGAUGACUGUGUGGGUGGGUGUGAGCGCUGUGAACAUAGCCUGAUGAAGAUCUGGGAGGGUGACUUGUUUUGUGGGCUCAUCACACUUAUAAUAAAUGGGCCAUUCAGCAAAUGUCAUGCGGUCAUUGACCCACAAGCAUACCUGGAGAACUGUAAAUAUGAUUUAUGCAUGGGAGGUGGCCUUCGACUUUUCCUCUGCAGGGCACUGGAGACUUACACUGAAGCCUGCCAGCUUUCUGGGAUCCAGGUUCAAGAUUGGAGGAAGAUGGCACAAUGCCCUGCUAAAUGCCCACCCAACAGUCACUAUGAGCUCUGUGGCAAUGCCUGUCCUGCCACUUGUUCUGAUCCUAAUGCUUGCUCCACAUGCAAACACCCCUGUGUGGAGACCUGCACCUGUAACGCAGGCUUUGUUUUGAGCGGAGGUCAUUGUGUGCCUGCCGCUCACUGUGGUUGUACCUACGAGGGUCGAUACAUCCCUGCUGGGGAGUCAUUCUGGGCUGACCAGGGCUGUAAGCGAUGGUGUAAAUGCGUUGCUGGAAGCAGACACGUGGAGUGCCAGGAUAAAGGCUGUGGGGCAGGGCAACAGUGCCAGGUGGUUGAUGGCAUAAGAAAGUGCCAAGCGGUCUCCCACAGCACCUGCCAGGCCACAGGUGACCCCCAUUACAUGACCUUUGACAAGAGGAGGUUUGACUUCCAGGGCACAUGUGUGUACCAACUGGUUGCACUCUGCUCCAAGGACCCAGAUCUAGUGCCCUUUGAAGUUCUGGUGCAGAAUGAUCACCGGGGCAGCAAGGUGGUUUCCUACACCAAGUUAGUAGAGGUCAAGGUGUAUUCCCUCAGCAUUGUCAUUACAAAGACACACAAGGGCCUGAUUAUGGUGAAUAAUGAACUGGUCAACCUGCCUAUCAUCUUGGCUGGAGGACAGGUAUCCGUGUAUAAGAGCGGCUGGUAUGCUGUUAUCACUACAAACUUUGGCCUCAAAGUCUCCUUCAACUGGGAAAGUGCUGUGUUUGUAACACUGCCAAGCAACUACAUGGGAGCCGUUUGCGGCCUCUGUGGCAACUACAACGGUAAACCCCAGGAUGACCUAAUUCCAAAGAAUGGUGACAAACCUGUCUCACCAGUAGCUGCUGGUGCCAGCUGGCGAGUGGCUGAGAUCCCGGGCUGUGUCGAAGGCUGUAAAGGGGUCUGUCCUGACUGUGACAUUAACCAGAAGGUUCAGUAUGAAAAAGGAGAUUUCUGCGGUAUAUUGAGGGACCCCAAUGGGCCUUUCCGUGAAUGCCAUGCUAAGGUGGACCCAGCUGGCUUCUUCGAAGACUGCGUUUAUGAUGUUUGCCUGUAUAAAGGCAGAAAGGAUGUGCUGUGCCAGAGUAUUACAGCAUACACAUCUGCCUGCCAUGCAGUGGGGGCCAAGGUAUACAGCUGGAGAACCAAUCAGUUCUGUGCGAUGAAAUGUCCAGUCAACAGCAACUAUGAAGUUUGUGCAACUGCUUGUCCUGCCACUUGCCACAGCCUGGCCCCUCCUCAAGACUGCCAGGCUCAUUGUGAGGAGGGCUGUUCCUGUGAUGAGGGGUACAUCCUCAGUGGAGAUAUCUGUGUUCCUUUCUCACAGUGCGGCUGCCUCUACAACGACCGCUACUACCGUGUCGGCCAAGUGUUUUAUCCCAAUGGGCAGUGUCAGGAAGAGUGCAAAUGCAUACAAAAUGGAGAGGUUCAGUGCAAGAAGUUCAAAUGUGGCCCUAAUGAGAAGUGUAAAGUCGAGAAUGGCGUCCAGAAAUGUCACCCUGUUGGUAAGGGUGUGUGCCAUGCUUCUGGUGACCCCCAUUACCAGUCUUUUGAUGGGCGAGUAUUUGAUUUCCAGGGCACCUGCACCUACACACUCUCCAAGAGCUGUGGGCUAGAAGGCACCCACCUGGUGGCCUUCGCUGUUGAGGUGGAGAACGUGCAGUUGGACAAGAUGAUGAACAACAAAGUGGUGUCUGUCACUAAGCUAGUUGCUGUGGAGGUUUAUGGCUUCACUCUCAUCAUGAGGAACAACAUGUUUGGAGUCCUGGUAAAUGGAGUGUUUAGAUACCUUCCUCUGAAUCUUAAUGAUGGAGCUGUGGUGGUUUAUCAAAAAGGCAUGCAUUAUGUUAUUGAAACAAAUUUUGGGCUGCUUGUCACUUAUGACCUGGUCUACCACGUGACAGUCACAGUACCUGGUAACUACCGUGAUAAGGUCUGUGGCCUGUGUGGCAACUUCAAUGGUGACCCAAAAGAUGACUUCCAAAUGCCCAGCCACCAGCUCGCCAAGAACGUCAAUAUGUUUGGAAAAUCGUGGAAGGUCACCAUCCCUAAUGUGGUGUGCCAAAAUGGCUGUGAAGGCGAUUACUGUCCUAAAUGUGACCCAGCCCGCAAGGCUGUGUUUUCAAAAUCCACUUACUGUGGUAUUAUUACAGCACCCAAAGGUCCUUUUGCAGUCUGCCAUAGUAAACUGGACCCACAGCCAUACUUUGAUGACUGUGUGUUUGAUGUGUGUGCUUCCAACGGGGAUGGAAAGUUGCUGUGUGACAGCAUUGCAGCCUAUGCCUUCAACUGUCACAUGGCAGGAGUGGAUGUCAACAACUGGAGGACGGCUUCAUUCUGUCCCAUGAAAUGCCCAGCCAACAGUCACUAUGAGGUGUGUGCAGACGCCUGCUCUGCAUCCUGCCCAGGGCUCACUGAGAUAGUCCAGUGCUCCACCAGCUGUACAGAAGGCUGUGAAUGUGAUGCUGGCUUCUUAUUCAAUGGACAGAUCUGUGUUAAAGAGACUGAGUGUGGCUGCUUUGAGAAUGGCAAAACUUACAAGCCUGGUGAGGUCGUGUACGAGGAAGACUGUAACACAAAGUGCACCUGUAAUCCAGCAAAAGGUCUCAUCUGUGAAAAACACUCCUGCCCUCAAAGCACCAAAUGCAUGGUCAAGAAAGGAAUACGGGCAUGCUACAACACAGAUCCCUGCAAAGAUGCCAAUUGUCGUGUCAAGGAGACAUGCCGUGUGGAAAAGGGUGAAGCUGUGUGCGUCCCCAACUACAAGGGCAUCUGCUGGGCCUGGGGUGACCCGCACUACCACACAUUUGAUGGUUACAACUUUGACUUUCAGGGCACUUGCAAGUAUGUCAUCUCCAAGACUUGCGGGAAUCUGGAUGGUCUAGUGCCAUUCUCAGUGACUGAAAGGAAUGAUAACCGAGGAAACACAGCAGUUUCCUACGUCAGGGAGGUAGAUGUGUCUGUAUAUGGGUACACCAUCACCAUGGGCAAGAACCAAAUUGGUCAAGUCAGGGUGGAUGGGGAACUGCUGAAUCUUCCAGUACGACUGGGUGACGGUGAAGUGUCAGUGUUUCAAAGUGGUCACACUGCGGUGGUGGAGACAAACUUUGGCCUGGUUGUCAGCUAUGACUGGAACUGGGAAUUAGUCAUUAAGCUGCCCAGCAGCUACUACGGCAGUGUCUGUGGUCUGUGUGGCAACUUCAACGGCAAUGUUGGUGAUGAGCUCCAGAAUCCAGCCAGUAAAGCUGUCUCGUCAGUGAUAGAGUGGGGCAAGAGCUGGCAAACACCCGACCAGGACAAGGACCAUCCUUGCUGGGACACAUGUGAGAAAAACUGCCCUACAUGUGAUGGUAACCAGGUUAAGCUCUAUAAGACUGAGGCUUUCUGUGGGGCCCUCGCAGCCAAGACCAACAGUGUGUUCCAGGGAUGUCAUGGAAAAUUGGACCCCCAGGCCUUCAUGAACAGCUGUGUGUACGAUAUGUGUCUGAAUAAGGGAGACAAGAAGAUGCUGUGCCAGGCAUUUGCCUCCUACAGUAAGCAGUGUCGUGAGGAAGGAAUAAUCAUCAAGAAAUGGAGGAAAAAGUUUGGCUGUCCAAUGAACUGUCAGCGUCACAGCCACUAUGAAGAGUGUGCCAGCCCAUGCCAGCCAUCCUGCCCAUUUCCAGAACAAAAGCAGACCUGCAAAAGUGCCUGUGUUGAGACCUGUGUGUGUGAUGCGGGUUAUGUCCUCAGUGCUGGUGUCUGUGUGCCUGCAAAAACUUGUGGUUGCUCCUAUCAGGGUCGCUAUUACAAGCCAGGCCAGCACUUCUGGGCCGAUGAGGCCUGCGGCCGCCUAUGCGAGUGUGAUGCCACCCUGGGCAUGGUGACGUGCCGUGAGGCAUCCUGCUCUGCCAACGAAAAGUGCACCGUAGAGGAUGGAGAGCGAGCCUGCCGGCCCAUCAGUCAUGCCACAUGCACAGCCUCAGGUGACCCACACUACCGCACUUUUGAUGGCCGCAAGUAUGACUUCCAGGGAACAUGUGUAUAUCAGCUGGUGAGCCUGUGCUAUCAGCAGCCUGGGCUAGUGCCGUUCAAGGUGACUGUGCAGAACGACCACCGGGGAAGCAAGGCUGUGUCCUACACAAGGACUGUCAUGUUUUCCAUAUAUGGAAUCACCCUUACCAUCAGCAGAGAAUACCCCUACAGGGUCCUGCUCAAUGGGCAGCUUGUUUCGUUGCCACUGGAUUACAAUAAUGAGCUGGUCGUGUUUCUCAGUGGCUGGACAGCUGUUGUGGAGACAGUUGCUGGUAUCACCGUGACCUUUGACUGGCGGAGCAAGGUGAGCGUGACUCUGCCCAGCAACUACCAGGGUGCAGUCUGCGGUCUGUGCGGCAACUACAAUAGAAACGCUAAGGACGACCUGACCAUGCCGAACGGCAAGAUCGCCCCUGAUGGAGCCAAGCUGGGAGAGAGCUGGCAGGUGGCCCUCGUACCCGGCUGUUCAUCAGUCUGCCAGGGGCCGUGGUGCCAAGCCUGUUCAGACUCCCAGAGGAAACAGUACCAAGCCCAGAAGUACUGUGGUAUUAUCGCUGACAAAGCAGGGCCUUUCAGAGAUUGUCACAGCCAUGUGGACCCCGCUCCUUACCUGGAAGACUGCGUGUAUGAUGCCUGUCAUUAUCAUGGUCACCAUGGAUCAGUCUGUGAUGCAGUGGGAGUGUAUGUCUCUGCCUGUCAGAGCCUAGGAAUCGCCAUCCACUCCUGGAGAACAGACACCUUCUGUCCAAUGGUGUGUCCCGCUAACAGCCAUUAUACCCUGUGUGCCACGGGUUGCCCUACCACCUGUGCCAGCUUAACCUCCCAUGCAACCUGUCACAGGCGUUGUACAGAGGCCUGUGAGUGCGACCAAGGCUACCUGCUGAGCGGGGGUACCUGCGUGCCUGUGAGAGACUGUGGCUGCUCAUACAGUGGUCACUACUACAGGAAAGGAGACAUCUUCUACCCUGAAACCGAGUGUGUGGAGCAAUGCGUCUGUGGAGAGAAUGGUGCAGUAUCUUGCCAGAAGGCCAAGUGCCGUCUGGGGGAGAUCUGUAAGAUUGUAAAUGGAGUGAAAGGCUGCCACCCUGAGGGGCAAGGCAAGUGUGUCGCUUCUGGUGACCCUCAUUACAUUUCCUUUGAUGGACGGAGAUUUGAUUUCCAGGGUACCUGUGUCUAUGUAUUGGCCAAGGUGUGUAGCGAUGACAAUGGCCAGCUGACGCCAUUCACUGUAACUCAGGGGAAUGAGAAGUAUGGAAAUGGAAAAGUGGCUGUUACCAAGUCGGUUGCCAUGGCGGUCUAUGGUUUUGUCAUUUACAUCCAACAGGGAAUGCCGUGGAAAGUCAUUGUGGAUGAUGAACUUCUAAACCUUCCUCUCUUCCUGGACAAUGGGCGCCUCAGAGUCACCCAGGAAGGUCGCAACAUAAUUGUCCGAACAGACUUUGGGCUGACAGUCCUCUAUGACACUGUCUAUUAUGUUGAGGUGAUCGUGCCUUCUACAUACCGGGGUAAGAUGUGUGGUCUUUGCGGCAACUACAACAAGGAUGGUGGUGAUGACUUCAUACUUCCCGGUGGCAAACGAACAAACAACGUCAAUGACUUUGGAAAGGCGUGGGUGGUGGACCUGCCUAACUAUGAGUGUGGCGGCUGUGGAGGACAGUGCCCAAUAUGUGAGCAGGCCAAGGCUACAUUGUACAAAAAACCUGACUCCUGUGGCAUCAUAACUGCACCUAAUGGGCCUUUCAAAGCCUGCCACAGUAAAAUUGACCCAGCAGCAUAUGUAUCUCAUUGCGUGUUUGAUGUGUGCGCUGUGGACGGCAACAAAGACACUCUGUGUAACAGUGUGCAGGCCUAUGCUCUGGCCUGCCAAAGUGCAGGAGUUCAAAUCCAGCCAUGGAGGAGCAGCUCCUUCUGCCCUGCUUCCUGCCCUCCACACAGUCACUAUGAGGUGUGUGCCGACACCUGUGGUGGGACCUGUGCCAGUUUUAUUUACCCAUUUUCCUGUUCUGAAAGCUGUUAUGAAGGAUGCCAAUGUGAUGCCGGCUUUGUUUUUGAUGGCAUCCAAUGUGUACCCUUGGACAACUGUGGGUGUGUUUACAAUGGCAAAUAUCUGACGGUGGGCCAAGCAGUGGUGGACAAAGACUGUAAGUCCAAGUGUGUGUGCCAGGCCUCUGGUCUGGUGAAGUGUGAAAAGCUGUCGUGUGCCAGUGGGGAGGUUUGUGGUGUAAGAGACGGGGUCAGAGGUUGCCACAUCAAACAGGGCCACUGCGGCAUCAGCCAAGUUGGCCACCUCAGCUCCUUUGAUGGCAUGUCUGGAGCCAUAGGAGCUCAAGGGGCAUUUGAGGUGGCAUCUCUGUGUGACGAGACCACCGACCUGUGGUUCCGUGUGGUUGUGGACGUCAGGGUCUGCAGUAAAGGGGCGUCUCCCACUGUUGCCACUGUCUAUGUGUUCUUCAAGGAGACCAUCGUCACAGUGAACAGCCAACAUGUGACCUGGGUAAAUGGCAGGAAAGUGUCUCUUCCGAGCAAAGUGACGAGUGAACUAUCAGUCAAAAUCUCAGAGAGGACCGUGAUCAUCGAGAGGGCAUCUGCUGUGAGGGUCACCUACUCUAAUUCACAGGAGGUCACCGUCAUUAUUCAGAGCACCUUGUCGGGUAAAAUGUGCGGUGCCUGUGGCAACUACAAUGACAACUCCAAAGAUGAUAUGAGGACCGCAGACGGGAAAAUUACCACCGAUGUGUCUGUGGUUGUCGGCUCCUGGAGCGCUGGGGAUUUUUCUAGAUGUGGCCUGUAGAGAUGCUCUGAGGUGAUAGAAAGCAUCUGUUAUACAGGAUGAAGAAGAAUACGAAGUCACUCAGCCAAAGUUGCGUGUUUCCAUCCAGUCUUGCUAAUCAUACCUCUCCACUUCUAGAUUCGUGAAAUGGUUUUGGUUGUGUGCUGGAGGUCUGAGUUAUAGCAAAAUCUGGCUUAUUCUGGACAGGCAUCUCCAUCUAGUGGAGAAGGAAAUUAAAGCAUCUCUUUUCCAUGUAACUCCCGCUGAGAAAGAGGAACAGUCACAAGUCGCAGUUGUAUUAUUAUGUUUUACAAAAUGAAU